UGAGACUGCGAUGUGAUGCCCCGCUAGGCUGUGUGCAUGGGAUUUUACACGUGGAGACCACCGCAGGCCUUCCUUCAAAUCUUGUCGAAUCUUUCGAAUGCCGAGCUCCCUCUGACUCUUUUCACUGUUCUGUCCUGAAGGCAUUUCUGAGGACCAAAACAAGGGGACAUCAAACGUGUCCCCAGGGCAAGGCACCGCCGGAAUGGCGCCCUACGCCCCUGAAUGGAUGAGCAACAUCCGCGAUCCGCGCCGGCCGCCACCAUUGGCGCAUAUCCGCAGUCCCCACAACCUCCACCGUCGCUCACGCCCGUACCGUGACGGUGAUCUCCGUCCUGACCAUCACGACCAGGACCAUGCCGUCGAGGUUCACAUUGUCAGGGACAUCAUCGACGACCACCCCGACCACCCAAUCAACAUAAACUUCAACUACGGCCCCGUGCACAUCCACCAAAAUUGCCUCUGCCCCAACCCGUCGGCACAUACGUGCAGUCCCGCCACCGCCGCCAGCGGCAGACGAAACACCACCACGGGCAUCACCUACCCCUACCCACCUUUACCUGGACCCCCUCCACCGCCACCUCCAGCAGCUGGGGCUCCAACCCGCCGCCGCCCCUCCCGCCCUCCCCUCCAACCCUUGGGACAUUCGGCACCCCGCCCUUAUCAUCCACGCCCCGCGGGCAGCCCCCCGAGACAUGCCUCCGCCCGCAGCGUCACCAGAAUCAUCGUCCCCUCGCCAGAGUCAGGAUAUUCUUCUUCGAGUUCUUCAGCUCUAGACGAACCUCCUCCCCGCCGCCACCGCAGCGGCAGCCCUCGUCCUCGGAGGGGGAUCUUGCGCACCGACCGCUCGACUGGGAGAGGUGAGGUUGGACCUGGUGGUGGUGUCACGGUCACUACUACCAGCAGCAGUAGCAGCAGCGCUGCUGCUGCCGGUGCUAUUCCUGCAGCUCAUGGUGGUGGUCAAAUUAGGGUUCAGGUUGGUAUCUGCGACGGGUGUCUGACGCGGCGGAGGCUGGUUUGGGGAGGGUACUGUGCCGAGUGUGAGGUUUUUGUUGAUAGUGGUGGGGAUGAUGUUGAUGAGGAUGAGAUCUCUUUAUCCUCGCCCGGUCCUGUGUCACCCCGGAUAUGGGCGAGAGCACGGUCGCCUGGUCCUGGAACGGGGACGGCAUUGAGGAGGGGUGGUGGGCAUGGCGGUGCGCUGAGGGUUAGGUACGUGUCUGGAGGGAGAGAGGACAGUGCUCCUGCUGACAGGAGGGGGAUGAGAGGGAGGGAGCUGUUGGAGAGGGAGCGCGAGAGUGACUUUCAACGGGAGGAGCGGGAGGCGAUGGAGCGGAAUCGCCUGAGGAGAGAUCGAGAGAGGGACGCGGUGAGGAACGGCGUUAGAAGGGGAGUCAGGUGGGACGCGGAUGUCGAGGCGAGGGAUAGAGGGAGGGAUAGGAGGUCCUACCCUCGGACUACCGAGAGGGUGUAUUUCAGCGAAUCCGAGGGAGACAGUGCGUGGUAGCACUAGACCGGUGUGUUACCGGAGCUGGGAAUAGUGGUUGUGCCGUGUCUUUCUUGGUCAGCCUUCGGGUGUGUUACUAGAGAGCGCGACGAGGGGCCGAUGAGUGACGAAGUUACGACCAAUGACUUUAUACCCAUCACAUAGACCGGAGAUAUGAUGAUGAAUAUACUUUCCCUGUCAAAGUUAUGUUCAAUGCAACGCACC